AUGGUGAUGAAAUCUUGCAAUUCGAUGAAUCGAGUGCCGGUCGAGAUCUGCAUUCUCGUAGUGAGAAAGCUCUCAGUGAAGGAUCUUCUCACUAUGGGUGCCAUCGACAGGCGUACGAGGAGCAUUCUGAUGCCUCUACUCCAUGGAUGCAAACUUCUCCACCUCUUAGCCCUUCGAGGCGAGCAUUCGGCGGUGGAGUUUCUUGUGAACACCAAAUAUAUCGAUGUCCGGGUUCGUGACGCCCAUGGAAUGACUGCACUGCACUACGCGGCUAUGAAGGGAUAUGGGCAUGUUGUUCAACUCCUGAUCAGUGACCCUCAACACAAAGCGUUUCUGGACGCCCCAGAGGCUAGAAGAAACGAUACCCCUUUGAUUCUUGCAGCUCGGCACCACAAUGAGAGUGUUGUUCAAAUGUUGCUAGAGAAAGGGGCGGAUAUCAAUCAUCAAAAUGCUCACGGUGAAAGUGUUCUCUUCUGGGCCGCCAAGCGACAAAGAGCCAAAUUAGCGCGGAAUCUGCUGAAACGAGGGGCAGAUCCAGAUCAGGUUGUCCGCUACGGGCUGACCCCACUGAUUCAGGCCAUCAUGGAAGGCUGUUUCGAUCUGGCCGCCACACUGCUGGAGGCGGGUUGCAAUGUGGAGCAACCCGAUAGCCGGGGCUACCUGCCUCUUGUCUGGGCUGUCGAAUUGGAUGACCUCGCAAUGGCAAAUCUUCUCUUCUCUCACAGUGCAAGUGUUGCAACUUUAUCGGCGAGGAAAGGAGCAGAGCACUCACCGCUCGUUUGGGCUGUGAUGAAAGGGAACGUGGAUAUGGUUCAACUACUAUUAUAUCAUGGCGCCAGUGUUGGUCAUACCCAACCGGACAGCCAGACGCCUCUUAUGUGGGCUGUAAUCCACCGAAACAUAUCAGUGGCUGAGCUACUUCUCCAAAAUGGCGCAGUCCCGAACGAACCCGGUAUUAAUGGCGAAACAGCCCUGAGAUGGGCUAUGUUGAACAGUGACAGGGAAAUGAUACGGUUACUUCUCAGGUACAAAGCUGACGCGUAA